AUGACUAAGAAAGAUUGCGAAUGCACAUCACCUUCUCCGGCGCCAUCACCAGACCUCACCUUCGCCGAUGUGAGGCUAGCCGUGGUUUAUCCAAUUAUCCAGAGUUUCAAGCUCACAAUCACUUUGGACCCACUAGGGAUCACUAGCUCGUGGGUUGGCUCCGAUAUCUGCAAUUACACGGGCUUCUACUGUGACAAUCCACCGGACAACACCUCGGCGACGGCACUCGCUGCAAUUGAUUUCAAUGGAUUCCAUCUUGCAGCCCUGACCCUCGAUGGGUUCAUCGACCAGCUCCCGAACCUCGCCAUCUUUCAUGCAAACAACAACAACUUCUCCGGCACGAUCUCACCGAAGAUUGCUCAGCUCCCUUACUUCUACGAGCUUGACAUAAGCAACAACAAGUUUUCCGGCCAGUUCCCAUCUGCCGUUUUCGGCAUAGCUGGACUAUCAUUCUUGGACAUUCGAUUUAACUUCUUCACUGGGGCUGUGCCACCACAGGUCUUCAGUCAAGCCCUGGACGCGCUCUUCAUCAACAACAACAAUUUCAUGCAAAAGCUCCCCGAUAACUUCAGUUCCACGCCGGUCCAAUACCUUACCUUAGCUAACAAUAAGUUCACUGGCCCGAUACCAACAAGCAUCGGCAAUGCUUCAUCAACCUUGAUAGAAGUGCUACUCCUAAACAAUUAUCUCACAGGAUGUCUGCCCCAUGAGAUCCGGCUACUGAAAAAAGCCACGGUUUUCGAUGUCGGGAACAACCUGUUGACGGGCCCGCUCCCCUGCUCCCUCGGAUGCCUGGAGAGCAUUGAGCAGCUCAACUUCGCCAGGAACUACCUAUAUGGAGAGGUCCCCGAGCUAUUGUGCAGGGUGAAGAGCCUAGUAAACGUGUCCCUAUCGAACAACUUCUUCACGAAGAUCGGGCCAGCAUGCUGGAAGCUGGUGAAGAGCAGGGUAUUGGACGUAAGGAAGAACUGCAUCCAUGGGAUUCCUGAUCAGAGGCCUUAUUGGGAUUGCUUCAAUUUCUUCUCCCACCCGAGAGCUUGUCCUACUUACCCUUACUGGUGGUGGCGGCAUUGGCAAUAUUAUGUGCCCUGCAAAAUUCAUUCUCCACCUCCGCCAAUGCCGCCCAAGAGCUCAGCGGGUCCGCCGCCACCAAAAUAUCGGCCUGCCUCCUCCUCGAUCACAUAUUCCGCUCUUAAUAGGCAUCGGUUGCGAUAAA